CUUAGUCGUCGUUCACCAUCACAAGUGUUUGGACGUAAUGAUUACAAUACCAAGGUAAUUUUCGACAAAGAGGCUACACUAACAUCAACUGCUGUAAAUCAGAAAUCUUUGCCUACAUUCUUCAAACCUGGUGAUUAUGUAGUUGUUGAGAUUGUUGGAGCAACGUCUCAGACAUUACAAGGAAAGGCACUUGGCUUAUCUACGCUUAGAAAUUUUUGUGGAACUGAGUGGCAUAGUGUAAAUACAGCUAAAAUCAUGUAAAUCGUGUUCACUGAUCAGAUUCGCACAUUGCAUACUGCAUAUCCUCACGUUUAUUGCUAUAUCAAGGGAGUACCGUAUACUGUCUAUCCGUAGAACUAGUAAGAAAUCAAGACGUUCGCAAUGUCGUUUUUGUUGCCAUUAGGAGCUCGUACCCUAAUAAAGCUCUAUGUUUCAUAUACCGACAAUUCAAUCGAGCCGCAGUCUCUGGAGUACUUGUUUCUU